GUUACACGAUACUGUGCGACUAACCUCGGGAUAAACGCGAAAGCCCGUUUAGGUUCUUUGAUGCCGCCCUAGAUUGCCUGAGCGAAAAGGCGUGGAGACGCAGCUGCAGCCGAGACCCGCGCACAGCCCUCGAAACGCGUGCUUUGUAAAGCUAAUCACCCAGAGAACCGGUGCCGGUCGUCCACGCAGCCCAUGACCAGUACUGCUCGGGCGGUAGGGGUCGUGCUUGCUCCCGCGGAAGUGCCGCUGCCAUUUUGUUGCACGGCGCUAGAUGCAUCGGUAUUUCACAGCACGGGAGCUUCCGAAGCCGAGGCGAGAUGAUUCACAGCUUGUUUCUGAUCAACUCUGCCGGCGACAUAUUCCUGGAAAAACACUGGAAAAGUGUCAUCAGCCGCUCGGUCUGCGACUACUUCUUCGAGGCUCAGGAAAAGGCAUCGACUCCGGAAAAUGUCCCACCUGUCAUCUCCACCCCUCACCACUACCUGAUAAACAUCUACCGGGACAAAAUCUUCUUUGUGUCCGUCAUCCAGACCGAAGUGCCCCCGCUGUUCGUGAUCGAGUUCUUGCAUCGAGUGGCCGAAAUGUUUCAGGAUUACUUUGGCGAGUGUUCUGAGGCGUCCAUCAAGGACAACGUGGUGAUAGUGUAUGAACUCCUGGAGGAGAUGCUGGACAAUGGGUUCCCCUUAGCCACUGAGUCCAACAUCCUGAAAGAGCUGAUCAAGCCCCCCACUGUUCUGCGGUCCGUGGUGAACACCAUUACAGGCAGCACUAAUGUUGGGGAAACCCUGCCUACUGGACAGCUGUCUACUGUCCCUUGGAGGCGGACUGGAGUGAAAUACACCAACAAUGAGGCCUACUUUGAUGUAGUGGAGGAAAUAGAUGCUAUCAUAGAUAAAUCAGGGACUACAGUGAUUGCUGAAAUCCAGGGUGUCAUUGACGCCUGUGUGAAGCUCUCUGGGAUGCCAGACCUCACACUGUCCUUUGUGAACCCGCGCCUCAUGGAUGACCUGAGCUUCCACCCCUGCGUGCGUUUCAAGCGCUGGGAGGCAGAGCGCGUCCUCUCCUUCAUCCCCCCUGACGGCAACUUCCGUCUGGUGUCCUACCACGUCAACGCCCAGAACCUGGUGGCCAUUCCUGUGUAUGUCAAGCAGAACAUCAGCUUCUUCGAGAGUGGCUUUUCAGGGCGGCUGGACAUCACGGUGGAGCCCAAGCAGACCAUGGGCAAAAUAGUGGAGGGCGUGGUUGUCACAGUGCACAUGCCCAAGGUGGUACUCAGUGCCAAUCUUACUCCCACCCAAGGAACCUACAACUAUGACCCAGUCACAAAGGUACUUGCGUGGGACAUCGGGAAACUCAACCAGCAGAAGCCACCAAAUCUAAAAGGAAGCCUUAGUUUACAGUCAGGGGCUCCGAAGCCGGAGGAGAAUCCCAGCCUCAACAUUGACCUGAAGAUCCAGCAGCUGGCCAUCUCAGGUCUCAAGGUGAACCGUCUCGACAUGUUUGGAGAAAAAUACAAGCCCUUCAAAGGAGUCAAGUACCUGACCAAAGCUGGGAAGUUCCAAGUCCGGACGUGAAACACCAGGAAUCUUUUUUUCUGUGUGUAAAUAGGUCCAAUACCAAACCAAAGAUCCUGAGGUGACCUCAUGGGGUCGUUAAAGCCAUGAAGUGAUUUGUUGGACAUAAAUCUGACAGAUUUGAAUGGUUGAAGCACAUAGACCUACUCAGAGUUACAGUACAUGCCAUGCAGGUGCUCAGUAGGUCACAAGAAACCAGCCUUGCGUUGAUAGUGCCAAAUGUAAGUUAAUGUUAAUAUCUAACACUUCCAGGGGUUCUUAAUUCCUUUUAUUCACCUCGGUCUUUAAAAUGUGGGCUAAUCGGAUUUGGUCACGCACUUGCACUGUAUGGACUGGAAGCAUGGAGAGACCCCACAGGGUGCUAAACAAGUGUAAUGGGUUUAAGCAAAGACAGCAUGUACAUUUAGGUGUUGCUGUGUGUAGGAGCCUGGGCCUGUGAGAAGGAGCGGAGCUUCUCAGGCUGUGUGCUCAUGGAUGACGUCCCACCUUCGCGCCAUAUGGUACAUGACAUGUUUCGUUUUUACUCUGGAUAAGGAAAAAUAAAUCUGCCUUUGGCUUUA